AUGGUUGAUACUUUGGUGAGUCAUUACAAGGAGACGCUGAAAGUGAACACACACCCUGCACAUAAGGAUAUUACUGUUGAUAUGGAUCAACUGUAUGUGCCCAUAUUUUUUGGCGGGAUAUCCGAAGUUGUUAAAUCUGUAGAAGAACAAACAACCCACAGCCAGCUAUCCACUUACAAAGAAUUUACUCUGUUAGAGAAAAAAGAUUUCCUCAAAUCAUUUGAAUCGAUGUUGGAGAAAGCCAAAGCACAGAGUAUCGAUGUCGUUGGUAAAAUUUUCCAAAUCGGCAACUUUGCUGCCGCCGUUUUGGACUGUCGCGGUGGAUGUCUGUCCAUUGACGAUUUACACGUUCACUUAUGCGUCCCUCCUGGAGCAAUACCUGAAGAACAAACGCAACAAGUCUACAUCUACGUCACCGGUACUUCGUCAGUUGAAAACCACCAUUUCUCAACUCCAUUCGUCCACUGUGGACCGCCAGACACCGUCUUCCACAAAGAUGUUGUCUUGACUAUGCCCCACUGCGUAAAGAAUACGUCUUCCUGCAAGUUUUCAUUGUCUAAGUUAUCUUCGGAUGGUUCCAGUGAUAAGCUUCGUGAAGGUUUUGACGUGAUCACGGUCGUUGACAAUGAUUCCAUAACGUUUUCAGUUAAUCAUUUUUGUGGGUUUGGGGCUACAGCUUCACCUGUGGAUGGAACCAUCUUGAAGAAGACAAUGAUAGCAUGCUUGUUCAUCCACGAAGACAGUCACUCCGAAGAUUUAGUACGGUUUCGUCUUCGACUAGUUGAUGACGUCAAAGUAAAUGUUCUGGAAGUACGGACAGAGGAGGAAAGGCAUGGGUUCUAUCAGGCAGACGUGGACAGUCCUCUGAUAGUUCUGAAGAACGACCAAGACGUGGUGGCGAAAAUCUCAGACUGCGCCGAGUCCUGGGAAUUAUCUGAACCGGAACGGAAGAUUCACCGUGACUUGUUAUGGCGAGAAACCAAGGCAUCAUGUGCCCGAGCUAUUCCGUCCGCCAUGUUUAUCGCUAAACGACGUUCGGGCUGUCGGAAAGUUUGCUUCACAGCUCACAUGACCGUCCUCCAAGAAGGCAGUGGGGUCUAUGGGGUAAACUUCUUUGUCUAUGCAAAAAAGGAACGUAUUCAACAACCGGCACUGGAUCGAGAAACACAAAUGGACCGGAUACAGCAAAUGUUCUUAGAACAAAUGGCGAGGCUACAAUGCACCAGCGUUAGACCAAGACUACUCGAAGAGUCCAUCUUUAAUAAACUUUGUGAUCUGUUUGAUGACCCCAAUCCUUUGGGAAACGACUGGCGUAACCUCGCUACCCUACUGUUGAAUCGCUCAGUAAGCACCGACAGCAUCAGUGAUAAAGCAGGGCGAGAACGAAGAAGUCCCACAGAAAUCGUCUUUGAGUUAUUCGUCGGAAGACAGUCAGGUAGGACAGAAGAAGAAACACGGGCUACACUGAUGGGCGCCCUCAUUGACAUGGAUCGCCAAGAUGCUGAGUUUGCCAUCGUUGCGAUCAGGGACAGUGAUGAAAUUGUCAGAUAACGUAGGCGGUCUCCCUGUUGACCAAUACCCCUGUUGGAGGGUGCCAAUAUAUAGCUCAGAGCUCGAACGAAGGAACUUCAAAAGUCGAACCCGUGGUACCGCGGUCAUUUAACGACACCUCGUAAUCACCCACAUACCGCGACCUCCCGUAUGUGAGUUUGAGCGUGCGCACUUGAUAACUUACUUGCUGUAAAUAAGGCAGGGCAGAUUUUUCUUUUUGAUUUUGAAGUAGAACAAAUGACUCGAUAAAUCUUAAAAUAGAAAUAGUGGAAGCAGUUCCAUGGGAGCAGUUUUUUGUUUAACCAGGCAAAACACAUUUUGCCCAAUAUGUAGAUUUAUAAUGUGUUGUGC